AAGUGUUAUACGAGCAUCGGGACAAAUAAAGCUGUAGGUUAAACUUUGUGGAACCUUUUCCCGAACCGCAAAUUUAAUUUACGCUUCUUUUUUUUUUGGAGGACCCUACCGAGCUGAGGGAGCGGUAAUGUUUGCGGGUUUGUACCAGCUGUUCGGGGACGUGAAGAGUUUGAGCGCCGUGCUGUUAGCAGCUUCUGUCGUCACGCUCACUGUGGGAUGGAUUUCAAAAAUACUGCUCAGACAGUCCAUUCAAGAUUUGAGAUAUCCUCCUCAUAUCCCCUCCUGCCUCCCUUUCUUGGGUCAUGCUUUAGCUUUUGGGAAAAGCCCCAUUGAGUUUUUGGAGAAUGCUUAUGAAAAAUAUGGUCCUGUGUUCAGUUUCACCAUGGUGGGGAAAACGUUCACCUACCUGCUGGGCAGUGAGGCAGCCGCAGUGUUGUUUAACAGUAAGAAUGAAGACCUGAAUGCUGAGGAUGUCUACUCUAGACUGACCACCCCAGUGUUUGGCAAGGGCGUAGCAUAUGAUGUCCCCAAUCCUAUCUUCCUGGAACAAAAGAAGAUUUUGAAGACAGGACUGAACAUCGCUCAUUUUAAGGAACACGUCAGGAUCAUUGAAGCAGAGGCCAAAGAGUAUUUUCAGAGAUGGGGAGACAGUGGGGAGAGAAACCUGUUUGAAGCUCUGUCUGAGCUGAUCAUCCUGACAGCCAGCAGCUGUCUCCACGGGCCGGAGAUCCGCAGCAUGCUGGAUGAGCGAGUGGCUCAGCUCUACGCUGACCUGGACGGAGGAUUCACUCAUGCUGCCUGGCUGCUGCCUGGCUGGCUGCCUCUUCCCAGCUUCAGGAGGAGAGACAGAGCUCACCGAGAGAUCAAAGACAUUUUCUUCAAGGUGAUUCAGAAGCGCAGGACCUCUGGAGACAAAGUGGACGAUAUACUACAGACCCUGAUUGGUGCAACAUACAAGGACGGGCGUCCCCUGGAUGAUAACGAGAUUGCAGGGAUGCUGAUUGGUCUCUUGCUAGCUGGUCAGCACACAUCCUCCACCACCAGUGCCUGGAUGGGUUUCUUCCUGGCUCGAGAUAAAACACUGCAGGAUCGGUGCUACAAGGAACAGAAGGCCCUGUGCGGAGAAGACCUGCCUCCGCUGGAAUAUGAUCAGCUGAAGGAUCUCAGCUUGUUGGAGAGAUGUUUAAAGGAAACCCUGCGGCUCCGCCCACCAAUUAUGACCAUGAUGAGGAUGACCCGUUCUCCUCAGAUGGCAGUUGGUUACAGGAUCCCUGUGGGACACCAGGUCUGUGUCUCACCGACCAUUAACCACCGCCUGCCUGACGUCUGGGGUGAGAGGAUGGAGUUUAACCCCGACCGCUAUCUCAGUGACAACCCUGCAGCAGGGGAGAAGUUUGCUUAUGUGCCCUUUGGAGCAGGCCGUCAUCGCUGCAUCGGGGAGAACUUUGCUUACGUUCAGAUAAAAACCAUCUGGUCCACCUUAUUGCGCAUGUACGACUUUGACCUGGUGGAUGGAUACUUCCCAACGAUCAACUACACAACAAUGAUUCACACGCCGAACAAACCGAUCAUCAGAUACAAGCGGAGAAAGUCGUGACUGAAGAUUCUACUUACGGAGUCAUUUAUUAACAUAGUCUGAUUCUGAGGUGAAAAGUAGCCAGUUUGAAUGUGGGGAAUAACAGAGUAAUGUCUCAACCAUCAGCUUUUAUUUCACUAAAGAACUGCAGAUUGACAUUUGGCCAACAGGAAAGUUUAGGUUUUUUUCCC